AUGUCUUCCAAUGUCGGCCUGUCUGUUAUCUUUGAAAAUACUGCUGAUUUGCCUCGAGAAUUGACCGAUUCUCUACGUGAUGAACAAUCUGGAGCUUACUUGCAGGGCUUCCUCGGCGCAGAUAGGCUCUUUGCUGGCGAAAAUCAAACAUCAACAUCAGCUGCCCCUGGCACGGUGCUUCCACGACCAGGCAAUGCAGAAACUGAAUUGAUUGAUGACCCAACAGAUGCACGUCCUCCUCGACAAUCAUACUUACCAUAUACAACUCCACUAUCUCAACCUCUUUUCCCCAUGCCGGUUCCGAUGGUUCAGCAACAGAUAUCAGGCCAAGUGAAUGGAUAUGCACCCCCUCACAUACAGCAGAGUCAUGAGAAUGUACGAUUCUCAGAGGCAUUUGGUACUCGAUAUGUUCUCAAGUCAAAGGAAAAAAGGCCAGUCCGAAGAGUGCGAAUGGACAACCAGUUUCGUAUUGAUAACGAUGAACGUGAAGCUUUGAGCUUACCGUUUCAUGGCCAAGUCCCUGAAGAAGACGAUGAUGAAGUCAUUCCAGAUAUGAACAGAGACCCAUCAAGUGAAGAAUCUUCUAUGCUCGUGACAAAGGCUCAGCCAGUGGACGACUUUGAGUUGGUCGAGCUGGAUGAGUGGGAUUUGGCACUAAGUGAACUGGAAGACGGCAAACAAGUCGAAUUCUCUGUCAAUCCUCAGGUUGCAAACCGUUUCUUUCGAAAUACGUCUCUACACGAUAUAAAUUGGGAGGAUUCCAUCAUAUGGGACGAGAAUGUUGCUCAGGAAAGACUUGUCAAGUUACGGAGAGCCGAUCGAAUCACAAACAGUAAUACUGCAGUGACCCAAGAGCUUCGAACCAGUGUCAGAGCCGUUCAUACGGAUGCUGGUAUCACACGAGUCGACAAAUUCAACAUCUCGAAUGACCAUGAAUAUUCGUCCUACGAUGUAAAGCAAGGAACCAUCAGACAAAUUGUAGGUCCAGCUGUCUUACAGCACUCAGUGCCUGCCAUCAGAUUGCAGUAUCCCUACUUCAAAACAGCACGUACAGUCAAGGAACUACGACAUUUCCAUCGUCCAGCUUUCAAUGUAUCUGUCACCGAGCCCAUCACUUUUUCGAGAGUCAAGAAUCGAGCCAAGAAGAACAAAAAGAAGGAUGCCGUCGUACCACAGAGCUCUACAGAAUUGACUUUGAAAGAUGGUUCCGAUUACAUAUUGCUGGAGUACACAGAAGAAUAUCCACCAAUUAUGAUGAACACUGGAAUGGGUGCCUUGAUCCAGAACUAUUAUCGCAAGAUUGAUGAAAGAGAUACCACUGUCCCUGAUUUACCGAUUGGUGAACCGAAACUGUUGGAACCUACAGAUACAUCUCCAUUUGAAAGCUUUGGUCAAGUUGAACAAGGUCAAACUAUCCAAACCUUGUACACUGAACUCUUGCGAGCUCCCGUAUUCCCUCACACGCCUCAUGCAACUGAUUUUCUUCUCAUUCGUACGAGCACGUUUGGCAAGGAUGACUACAAGAGCCCCAAAUACUAUAUUCGAGAGUUGCCUACAACUUUUGUCGUUGGUCAAACGUUUGCUCAAGUGGAUGUACCUAAGCCACGUGGUCGCAAGAUGUUGAACAUGGUGAAAUAUCACAUGCAGUUAUGGAUGUAUCGCCAGUCUAUCAAGAAUCGUGUGACUGGUGAGCCUAACAAGACUUCAGCAUUACUGAGAGCUUUUCCAGGCACUGCUGAGGCACAGUUACGUCAACGAUUCAAGGGCUUUGCCAAAUUCAGCAGGAAAGCCGCAACAGAUGGUGUCUAUGAAUUGGACGAAAGUCUUCCCAAAGAUGAAAUACCUGAAGAUUAUUUUCGUCAAUUGUCACCAAACCAUGUUUGUCUCGUCGAAUCAGCUCGAGCAUGGGUUCAAUGGUUGAAUGAUUGCGGUGUCAGCAUGUCCAGAAAGAAAGAUAAUGACAAGGAUGAUGAUGACGACGAUGACGACGACGACAAGGAGGAAGGAGCAACUACAGACCUACAACUCCAGAUCGCACCAUGGGCUCUUACCAAGACAUUCCGAUUGGCUGCUCAGAACAAGGCUAGAGUCAAAUUACAUGGUGCAGGUGAUCCAACAGGUCGUGGUGAGGGUUUCAGUUUCAUACGAACUUCUGCAAAAGAAGUAUUUCUGAGGCCCGGUGAGAGUUUGAGUGACGCACAAGGUCGUGGAGUCUCAAAGGCUCGACCAAAUGCAAAGUAUUCUGUCGCCACGGAGCAAACUAUCUAUCAGGACUUUAUCAAGACUGUGUGGCAAAAUCAAAUUCGCACACUGUCCUCUGCAAUAGAACCAGAAUUGGAUGAUGUGAAUAUGCAAACCGCCACUCAGUACAAUGCUGCUACAACGUCAGCUCGUAAGCAGUGGCAAGAUGAAGAAACAGAGCGACGAAGACAAAUGGGUGGUUACUCUGGUGCAUCAUCUCCACCUGGCCCAACAUCUCCUACGUUUAUGGGUGGUGCAUAUGGUAGUGGUGGUCCUAUGUCACCAGCUGGUUCUCAAGAUGGAAGCCGUGGAUUCACCAAGGGCAAGACCUUGUUUAUCAAACGACGAAUUCGUGAUAAUUAUGGCGCAACAAGUUGGCAGAGUGAAGUGGUCCAAGAUCCUCAAGUCAUCGCUUUGUAUAUGAAGUAUAGAGGUCAGAUUCCCGCAGAAGCCAGUCCUGCUGACCAACGUGCAGCUUUGAGACAAAUUAUGGAUGACUUACAAACCACUGGAGAAGUUGAUCAUGAUGGUGUACCUCUACAAACAGCCACGACUCUUCGCUCUUCAUUCUCAGAAGCUGGUACCUCUACAGGUGGCAAAAGACGAAGGAAUACUGUUGAUGAUGACGGCCCGUCGUUAGCUCCUCGUCGAUCUUAUGGCCAACGUCGAUCCAAUCCAACAAUCAACUUUCACAACAAGUUGGAAGACAUCAUCAAAGCCAUGCUAUCUCAUCCUCGAGCCUUUGACUUUUUGCAAGUUCCUCGUAUUCCUGGUUACAACAACAGAAUCCCCAAUCCAAUGACGUUGGAAAUGAUGCGAGAUAAAAUCACACACUUGCAAUAUAGGUCUGUGAACGAAGUGAUUCGUGACUUUGAACAAAUCGCAAUCAACAGUUCUAUAUUCAAUGGGGAAUGUCCGUUGACACAGUCUGCCCGAAAAAUCAAGGAUGAAGGCAUCAAAAUGCUCCAACGAGAGCGCCCUUACUUGAUCUCAUUAGAAGCCGAGAUGAAUGAGUAA